UGCAGCCAGUUCAAAUCGUGAGCUGCCUUCCCCGUCGGCCACCGAACUGAUGGAGAUCAUCAGCGCCUGUGAAAUACCCAAACGGUCCAUCUGCUGAGCUCGCAGGGCUGAUCGAGGCACAGCUGUUUCUUGAUCUGUGUUUUUAACUUUACUACCAGCCUAAUUUCGCCGCCUUAUGUUGAUCCGACUUCCUCGCAAAACAUUUUUAUAAUGAGCCAAACAUCCACGAGGAAACAGCUGCUACCAGAGCCGAUGCUCAUUAUUUCGUUCCGGGGAAACAAUUGCAGCACCAAGGAAAAUAAAAACGAGAUGCGGUCUCUCGCGUAUUAUGAACUGGUUAUUACGCGAGUCUAAAGGAGCCAUUACUCGUUUACGAUGGUCUGCCGAUAUAAUGUAUGUUAAGAUAUCGGAAGAAACGCGAAGAGGCGACAGCGAUACUCUGACUGAUAUGCUGGGACAUCCGUGUGUUGCCAUCAGCUCUAAUCGAUGGAGCGAUCGUUAGGUUUGGCAACAGAGCAAAGAAUCAUGCUGCACUGGCAGCCCGGUUGCUCCCAGACCGCUCGGACAGCCUUGAGGGGGGACUGCUGCUGCUCGGGCUCCGUCGGCUGGGUGGGCUGAGGAUGCAGCGAGGGAGGCGAGGAGGAGAGUCUUGAGCUACAGCCUGGCACACAGCACAGCACAGCACAGCACAGCACAGCACAGCACAGCUCAGCACAGCACAUCCAGAGCUGCACAGCCCUCCAACAGGGGGGAACCUCUAUUUGGCCUGGACCAUGAGCAAUGUGUCUACCGUCUGGAACAUCCUACCAGAAAACUCCACGGAGAUCCCAUUCGAGGCAGCGGAGCAGAAGGAUGGUUAUGUGAUCCUCCUGGUGAUCCUCUCCAUCUUCCUGGUGGGAACGCUGAUCUUCAUCACUGUCCUCCUCAUCGCCUGCCGCCGGUGCUGUCGAGGAGGGCACUGCUGUUCCAGGGCCAGCGAUGACCCCGAGAAGACCAACAACACCUACGUGGAGGAGUCUCAGCCCGCCCACGAAAUCACCAUCCGGGUGGAUGAGUCAGACUGUCUGUCGGUGGCCAGCUCCCACGACCAGGAGACGGAGCGCUUCCUCUCCACGGGCACCACCGGCCGCCGCGUCUCCUUCAACGAGGCCGCGCUCUUCGAUCACGGCAAGAAAGCCCAGGAGAAGGGCCGCAGGUACACUCUGACUGAGGGAGACUUCCACCACCUGAAGAACGCCCGCCUCACGCACCUCCACAUCCCUCCCCCCGCCCUCAAGAUUGUCACCAUCCACGAGUGCGACUCAGCUGAGAACACCGUCACCAUGGCAACGCGCCCUGCCGCUAAGUCAGCGCUUUCCAUCUUCCAGCCGAUGCUGUGCCCCCUCCCGCAAACACCGCUGACCAACCUGAGUAUCAGUCCCACCGGCGCCCUCCCCGGAGAUGCUCUCAACUCCGUGGUGAACACCAGCUUCACUGACAACGCUAGAAAUGUCAACACUAAAGAACCAAGCCCCAGCUCCAUCGAGCUGAUGGGGAUGGGGCCGCGGGGCAGAGGCGCCGGCGUCGGGGAGGGGUCGGUGAUGAGGAGCGGCACCCCUCCCGCUCUCAGCAGCGCAGGAAGCCAGGGGCCCGUGCUGCAGUUCUUCACCAAACUGCGACGCCACGCUAGCCUGGAGGGAGCCAGUCCCUACUUCAAGAUCAAGAAAUGGAAGCUGGACAGCAGCCAGAGAGCCUCGAGCCUGGACACCAGAGGCUCUCCAAAGAGGAGGCAGUUCCAGCGCCAGCGAGCUGCCAGCGAGAGCAUGGACCAGGAGGACAACGACGCGCACCACAUAGACCUCAUCCAGUACAUCGCCCGCACCCAGGACGUGGCGUACUGUUCCAGCCGGCCCUCCACACACCUCCUCUCGCCUCCCUCCACACCACCCCCGUCCCUCGGCAGGGUAGAGGUGGAGGUGAUGGUGGAGCCCAGCUGCAGCCAUUUAGGACCAGGGGUGAUUGGCCUGUCCCCUGAUCCACCAGACGAAGCACUGUCCCUGGCAAAGCGGGAGGGUGCUGAGCCUCUAGACGCCCCAGGCCCCCAGGACCCCCAGUCGCUCUACAGAGACAUCUGGAGCCUCCGCGCCACCCUGGAGCAGUACGCGGCCUCCGACCAGGGCAGCAGCAACGACAGGAACUCUGUCUGCAGCGACGUCGACAGCGUGUGCUCGCUGGGCGGGCGGACGGAGGCAGAACGAGGAGGGCUCCCCAGCGACCCGUCCCAGGAUCUGGGAGACGAGGCAGAGGGCGCAGAGGAGGACAAGGACUUUUUGAUGUAUAUGGACGAGAGGUUCGGGGCGAAGGAGGGGAGGAGGAGAAAGCAGGAGAGCACCGAAUCGGAGCGAGGAGGCGGCGACGGAGACACCGGGACUCGUAAACUGAUGCAGAUGGACAGCGGCUACGCAUCCAUCGAGGUUCCGACUCGAGGCCUCGAGGACCUGCGACUGUUUGGAAGCAGCAGCGGCGGCGGCGGCAGCCCUAAAGACAGAACAGCCCAUGAGAAGCGGCACCACUUCACCAGUGCGGGUCGAACCGGCACCGUCGGCGAGAGCUUCGAGAGCCACCUGUUCGAGGAGGAGCCGGAGGAUGAAGGGCUCCUGGGCGCCAGCGGAGGAGUCCCCAAAGCGGGCGGCGCUGCUCUGAGCUGGUUCCCGUACGGCCAGAUGCUGACGCCGCGAGAGGCGGCGCAGGCCCCGCCCCCCCAGCCGCCCGGCCUGCGCCGGCGCGACUACAGCAUCGACGAGAGGACCGACGCGCUCUUCCACGAGUUCCUGCGCCACGACCCCCAGUUCGACCAGCCGGACUCGCCGCUGAAGAAGCACCGGUCCCGCGUCCACCUGCGCAAGCAGUGGCAGCGCCACAAGCAGUGGAGCGACCCCGGCGUGCGGCACGCGCAGUCGUCCUUCGAGAGGCAGCGCACGCCGCUGCGCCGCGGCGACAGCGUCAACUACCCGCUGGACGCCGGCUACCACAGCACGCUGCCGCGCAUCGUCAGCGCCCCCGACGAGGAGGCGGGCGACGGCGGCGGCGCCGCGGCCGCGCCCCCGGGGGCGGAGGCCUCUGCUGCUGCCGGCCGCACCGCCUCCCCCCCUCCCCCCUGCGCCUCAGAGGGGGACGGAGGCCCGGUAGAGCCCCCCGACGCUCAGGAGAGCGGCAGGCGGUCCGGACCCCCCCCCGAGCCCCCGGGCGAGCGCUCGCCCCCCCGGGCGCCCGAGUCCUCGGGCUACGGCCCGCAGACGGUCGCGGCGGAACUGACCGACAAACUGAGCGCCGGCCUGGACGAGAGGCUGUACGCGGGUCUGCGCCGGAGCAGGGACGCGGCCGCGGACUGCGUGGCGGUGGCGGUGGCGGUGGCGGCCACGCACGCGUCUCCAGACCACAGCCCAGUGUAGCAGGGGCUCCACUCCUCCACAUCAACGCCACACCUGCCGCCACACUUUCCUUUGUCUUUGGUUCGUCCUGCCUCCGUUUGAACGUCCCUCCGUGUGCAGCUCGACUGCUGUGAGCUCGGCCCAGAAGGAAAACGUGAAAGGAACCCGCAGUGAAGCACCUUCAUCCCACAUUGGCUGCAACUGUAGAUACUUGAUGCGUUAGAGUUGCAUCGUCUCUCCUUCUGCCUGUUAACGUUGCAAAGUGUUGAAGAACAAAGGUCAAAAUAAUGUCUAAACUGAGCUCACGUAUCAAAAAUGUUUUCCCUUCGCGUCCACGUCUCUAAUGCUGAUCCGUUUCUGCUCUAGUUCCAACAAGGGGAGGACAGGUGUGUGUCCCGUACCUGUGGAGCCACUGUGAAACCAGGUGCUAUGAGACGAGGCCCGUUAGCUGUCGCUCCUGUGAGCGUGCGUCAGGAUCAGAAUCACCCCUGAGAUAAAACAUGGAUUAAUAAACCUUUUAAUCCUCUCUGUGUGCGGCUGAGGAUCCCAUACGGCUUAGUCACGCAGUCACGCAGCCAAAACACUGCAAAGUAAACAGACAGGGAAAUGAAACUUGGCAUUUAUUUGAGACAAAAGCGUUUCUUUCAUUUUGCCUGAUUUGAAGCUGUCAGCGUUCAGUCAGCACGCGACGCCGACUGACAGCAGCCGCAGUGUUUCUCACGCUGACUGAUAAACCAUUCCCUCGAAUCAUUUCAUCAUUUCUGCUGACGGGAUCUGUCUCUCAGUUUGUGUUGGCUUUGAAAUGGAGCUAGGUUUUUAGUGUGUUGAUUGUUUUAGUUCCUCCCCCAAUGAUAUGAUUUGUGAUUUUUUUCCUGGUAUUAAUGGAGAGCUUCAGCGACCACUGGCUCAGGGAAGGUUUCACCCGGAGCUCCUUUUGUCUGUCGCCAUGCGUUUGUCCCGCUCAUUGCUGUGCGGCGGGUUCGAAGAGGACCCACACCCAGCGCACGGCUUCACAGCCAACAUGGCGGGAGGGAGCGUUGCAGGGUGGCAGUCAUUCAGUGUUUAUUGAAUUUAUAGGAAAGGCAUGCUUUCUCGUGCAUGAGGCCCACACAACAGCCUUUAUUUGUUGGCGUCUGCCCUCCUUCCUCCCCGUUCUGAGAGCUGACAGCGCAGCAGAAGCCUCCCGGAGGCCCUCACCAAAGACCUCUUUCGCAGUUAGGUCUACUUUACAGUGACACGUGCGGCUUUAGCUCUGAAAUUCGAGUGGAAUAAAGCAGGUUCACUGGCCAAAACAUUGUUUAUUAGCUGUCAAACUCUCUGCUUUGACAUCCUGAGCAGCAGCGGUGGCGGCGGCAGCUUGAAUGUAACCCAGAUUCACUGGUGAAAUCUUAUUUCAAGUCGGGCUUCUCGUCACUCCCACGUGUAAAGAGCGGAGCCAGUUCAGAAAACGCUUCUGAAUAUUAAUCAACACAAGCGGAGGGAAGACCUCCUUUCAUCCUGUCUUCCUUUCCGUUACCAUGGAGGGAGCUGAAAGGAGUGAAUAGAAAAUCAGGGCAGAAAUACAUUAUCUUCCUCUCUUUGUUUGGGUGAGAUGAUGAUGCUCGUCUCCAGCGGGACCAGAUUAGAUCUUCCUCCGCUGCGUGACUGACUUUUGUGGCUAAGUGGACCCUGAUGUAGAAGCUGUCUCAUUAGGAGAACAAUCGCUGGGAUGAAAGGAGGUGAACUGAAAUAACGAGUAGCGAUGGCAGCUCUGUUUUCUGCACUCUUUAGUUUAUUACAUGGCUAGACGAGAAACAAUUACAAUAUCAGUAAACCCCUUCUUAGUAAUGACCAUGGAGAUGUUUCCCUGAGAACAGUGUUUACUCAGCAUAUUCUCAGCAUAAAUGCAUGAAGAGGAAGACAACUGCAUCUGAAGCCAAAAUGAGAUCAGAUCAUUUUGAUCAGCAGCAACCACGACUACAGAGGUUUAUGAUCCAUCGGUACACGUGUACAGAUUAAAAUUUACGGCACACGUGAGAACAUCCUCUGCUAGGCUGCAGGAUGCGGUAGGACGCUGUGGUAAACGGUGUGUGUAUACUAACCAGUAGCCCGUCCAGCGGGUGUGUAGGUGCAUGAGCGUUAACAUAGUGCAGCUUUUCAUGUUUCGUCAGAGCCGCAGAGCAGAACAAUCAGGUCCGUACAGUACGAAACAAUUUAUGACCAGAUUUUACAUUUUACCAAGACCGUGUUUAUCGCUGAUGCUCGGAUGCUGUAAGGUUAGGAUGCUGAGGUUUUGUGAGAUUUCACUCUUUGGAAAGUAGAAGUAUUUCUGUAUUUCUUGCUUGUUAGUAAAAUGUGUAAUUUCUCAAAGGAAAAAAACAAAACAAAAAAACGACUAGCUUUCUUAAACACAUUACUUUUGUUGAUCCAAAUCUAUGGAGCCUUGAGGGACCAAAUCAUUGAAGAAAGUGUUGUUUUAGGGAUGUUUUCAAAUCUGUGAAUAAACGAAUGAAGCAAAACAUA